AUGAGUUCAAGCCUUGAAGCUAAGAUUGUUGUGCUCGGAGCGCAAGGGGUUGGCAAGACUGCGCUCGUGGAGAGAUACUGUACAAACACCUUCAACCCCGCAGCGGCUUCAACCAUCGGCGCGUCGUUCGUGACGAAGCGCGUCCUUGAUUCCACCUCCGAUACCAUAGUCAGAUUGCAGAUAUGGGACACAGCCGGACAGGAAAGGUUUCGCAGCAUGUCGAGACUUUAUUACAGAGGAGCCCAAGCGGUGCUUCUGUGCUAUGAUAUUACCAACAACAACAGCUUCCAAGAAAUGGCCGGUUGGCUAUCUGAACUCCGCAAAAACAUCACACCCAGCGACGACGGUACGGAAUCCCUCAUCAUCCAUGUUGUAGGGACAAAAUCCGACAUUGUCGCCGACAACCCCAACCGCCGCCAAGUCCCUUUCGAGCGCACAAUCGCCUACGUCGCCGAACAACUCUACCCAACCCAAGCCUCCACCCCACCCCCAACCGCAACAGCAGGCAUGGGCGGGCUCGGUUUUGGAACAUCUGUGUUCGGAGGUACAAGUGGCGGUAGCACAUCGAACGCUAGCGCCAGCGCCGCAGGGUUCUCUUCAAAUGCCCUGCAGAGUCCGGACUCGAAGCGCAGUUCGGCAUUCUGGGGGCAGGAGAUUGGGUGGGAUUGCUGCCAUGAGAUCAGCGCGCGGGAUGGCGAGGGAAUCGACGAGGUUUUCCGCGUUAUCACGCGUAAGCUGGUUGAACAGCGCAAUCGGCGGGAUACGGAGCUGGCUUUGUCAAUUGGUGGAGUGUCCAUGGCGAAUGGGGCUUCCGGGCCUUUCUGUCCUGGGGUUGUGGAGGGUACGGGGAGUUUCCGGCUUGGCCAUGGCGAUAAGAGGAGGAGUUGGAUGGGGUUGGGGGCGGCUGCUGUCAAUGUUGAUGCUACUGAGGAGGAGAGGAUUAUGCAUGUGUCGCGCAAUAAGGGGCGCUGUUGUUGA